GGCAAGUACAAAAUAAUUAUCUAACUUUGCGAAGUCCGGACAUUUCAUAUUUCAAAGAUGGCUUCCAAAUCACUGUUUACAUGCAUCCUGCGACCUUCCCCAAUAACUCUGCUUUGUGCUAACAAUAACAAUCUCGCUUUACUUCCAUCAAGGUAUUUAAAUAUAUAAUGUGUUUUUGGUAAAUUCGGAGAGAUCAGCCCGCUGUUAGCAUAUUACAGAUUUAAUAUUUUAGUUCAAAAUGAAACAAAAAAUGACCAAAAUAAAUAUCUUUAUAAUUAUUUUUACUUACUAAUUUUAUAUAUUUACUUUAAUUUUUAAAUUUAUUUACGCCGGCGAUACUUGAUUGUAGACGUUUAUUGUAAUACUAGUGACUUAUGGAGAUAUCAGAUUAGUGAUGGGUAGGGUGAGACGCACCAAAUGCUAAUGCACAUUAUGAAAUCUCAACAACAACCAUUUAAAUUUAACGAAGUGUCUACACGUCCGGCGCGCCGGACAAAUGGUGCACAAGAUAUACGUCUGACGGUAUGUCACGUGACCGCCGGACGGCUAGUAGUUUUUAUAAUUCCGAUCGAAUCAUUUAGGCAGAUCUUGCUUGGUCUAGUCGUAGAGUGGUCGCUUGACGAUAUUAUGAUUUGAGGAUCAAUACCGUGGAUAGGAUCGUUUUUUUUUUCUCCCAUUUGAAUGUAAAAUAUUUUAUACUAUAUUUAUAUUAUCAUGUUCAUCAGCAGCAGUAGUUUCAUGAGUCAUGAGAGGUUUUUAAAUAUUUUGUAACAAUUUAAAAUGAAACCUUUACUUUUAUUGGUUACCUACUCCACACUGGCCCCUAAUUUAUUUUAUGGAUUACUGGUGCACAAACUCAAAUAACAAACUAAACAAAAAUGUUUACAAGCCACUUUCACUUAAGUUUUUUUCUAUUAUUUGCAUGCAAGAUACUCAGUACAUUACUUGGUAGAGAAAUAGAUUUUAAAAUUAACAAUAGUUUUGAAUUAUUCGCAGUCAUGUGACAAGGCUGACCAACAAGAUAUCUCUCGCCACUUUGUUACGGCGGUCAUGUGACUUGGUCGCCAGACAAAUAUUGCGGGAGAUAGACGUCGCGCCGGACGUGUAGACACUGCCUAAAUUUAAAUCAAUCCAAUUUUAGAGUACAGAGACUUUUCUUUCAAAGUGCGACAUUUGCUGCCAUGAUUUUGAUCAAAUGAAAAUUUCCAUCCUCCAUAUUGUAAAAAAAAAAAAAAUAGUAUUAAUUUUCUGUCUACAACAAUCAUCUAAAGUUUGAUUUAAAAUUAUUUCAUUUAUUAUCAAUGGCAAAUUUAAUCGACGCCGGCCAAGGUAAUUACUGGUAUUCAGUUCAUUUAGUUUGCAAUAUGGAUGUCUCACGAGCGCUGUGGUGGAAUAGUGGGGUCUGUGCUCUGCCUUUUUAUGUCGUUACCUUUGUAACAGAUUGAUACAUGUUAAAAUGUGUAUAUUAAUAGAUUUAUUUAUUCAACGAAAAUCAUUCACAAAUGAUGAAUGCUUUUCUUACUCAUCUGUAAUUUAAUGUAAUUUUCCACCCUGACUAAUUAAUGACUUUUUAAAAAAAUAAUGUCUUGAGUUCUUAUUUAUUUUUAUUAACUAGUUAUGCUUGUGUGCAACAAGUUCGGCACAGACGAUUUCCAAAGUUUGUUGUGCGCCCUACUACCCGAAAGGUUUGGCAUGUCAGGAAAUGGACCCAGAAACAUGAUGAUAAGCUCAUUACUAGCAAUGAACAGUUCAUACAAGAUAUUGUGGUACAAAACUAUGCAAAUAAAUCUGAAAGCCCUCUUAAAGAUGCUCCUUGGAAUAGAAAUCCUUAUAUUAAGGGGUAAACAAUUUUUUUUUAUAAUUCUUUAUACUGCAGCAUAGAUUUAGUACCGGGUAACAUUUAAUUUUUUUAAUUCUUGGGGGGAAAGCAAAUUAACAUUAUUGUUAUUAUUUUAUUUGUCAAUAAAUUGAAAGCACUUAUUGUAAACUAAUAUGGCGGCAAAAUAAUUGCUAAAAUGACUGUUGUAAAAUUUAUUUAGAACGAGAAGGACUGGAGUUUUGGCACUAAAGCUUGGGACAAUGGUACAAUGGACCAAAGAUGGAAAGGGUAUUAAUGUUACAUUACUGCAGGUAAUUUUAAAGUCUAUCUUCUUACACAUUUAAUUUGUGUAAAAAAAUUUUUUUUUUUUUGUGUUAGUAUUUCCAAUCUAUUCUGUUUUUUAUUUUUUAGAUUUAAUUUAUUGCUGGAUAAAACACGGUAUUUAAUUUGUUUAGUUAACCUCAUUGGCUCAUCUUUUUCUAUAGUCUUAUAACCUCACUGACUCAUCUUUUUCUCUAGUCUUAAUUACUAAAUCACUUAAAGAAAUGACUCUCUGCUACCUGACAACUUUUUGUGAUCCAUUUGUAUCUGACAGGUAUUGGACAACCAUGUCAUAAAUUACGUUCCCCCUGAACUGUACAAAUUCUACCCCAGCCACCUGCCGCACCAUAGUGAUAGAUUUGGUUUACAGGUCGUUGGUGCUUUAAGUUGUGAUCCUAGACAGGUAAAGCUAACAUUUCUGGACGAAUUAAAAUAAUUUUCUUUUAAAUCCUGUGUUUUGACAACGUCUUCUGAUAAAUGCAUUUUCACCAUUUAAGAAUUGUGAAAAAUUUGGAGACAAAUUAUAAGUACCGGUAGUUAAACUUAUGCCUUGUGUGCAAACUGCAUAGCAAAUGGGAUCAUCAACAUGAAAGUAUUGUAAUUCUUUGGGAAAUGCUGCUCAUUUUUUUUGAAUUUUCAGGAGCUGUGCUUUUACAAAGAGGACUUUUCUUUUUUUUUUCAAUAUUUUUUUUUUUCCUUCUCUAGUUUUCUAAACCCUACAACAAUCUUUUUGUAAAAGCUGGCGUACCUCCAAAACGGUGGUUAACCAGGUUUUUGGUCACCCCAGACGCUGCCGUACAGCCAGGUAUGCUCACAUUUCUGUCUCCUAAAAUAAUUAUGGAGAGACUUUUGAUGUAUUUAUGCCGGAAAUUUUUUCAAAAGAAAUUUGUUGCCAGAUAUUUUUGAUGAGACUUAGAUUUUAGAUCUAUCCAUUGCCCUUUAAAUAGCAAUAGAUUUUUUAAAAAAGGAGAUUAAAUAAGCAAUGUUUAAUAUUUAAAAUAAACUAUAUAUUUCAUUUGUUUAAACUUUUCAUUUGUUCAACUUGUCAUUUGUUCAAGCGUGUCAUUUUUUAAAACUUGUCAUUUGUUGAAACAUGUCAUUUGUUUAAACUUGUAAUUUGUUGAAACUUGUCAUUUGCAAAAUGGUUUAAGCAUUUACACCCACCUAAAAUAACUAAAAUACAUGCUUUAAAAAAAAAAAAUGCUUUAUAGGUGGAUUAUUUCACAGAAAACAAGAGAUGUCCCCUUGUGCACUGUAUUUUUUCUUCCUUCAUUUCCAGGCACUCCUCUUUGCGUUAACCAUUUUAGAGUAGGUGAUUAUGUUGAUGUCCAAGGCAGGACGUGAGUAGAACUUAAUUUUUGAAAUUAGGGGACACAUAGUUAAUAGCAUAAACCAGAGCAUGACAAAUUUUGUGUUUCUCUUCUCUUAGACAGCAUAAGCUCAACAAGAAAGAGUUAUAGAUGAUGAUUUAUUGUGUUAGCUACUAAUUUGCCAUCCCAAACAAAAACAUGUAAUGAGCUCAUUUCUAUUAAUAAACUAACCUUAUUUUUUAAAACUCUUUGAUUACAUAUUUAUCAUAUUUUAACAAUAUAUUUGUUUCACAAAUAAGCUCUGAGCGCAGUUUUGAUUAAACUAAACUUCCAAAUGAUGAACACUCAUAAGUGGCUUGAUUAUUUUUCUCUUAAAGGCGAGACUGGGGCUUCCAGGGUGUCAUCAAGAGGUGGCACAUGAAGGGUAUGCCUGCAUCUCAUGGUGUCACCAAAUCUCAUAGGAAAAUGGGCUCAACUGGUGGCGGGGGUGUAAGUUCUUAUUAAUCUAAAUUAAACAUUUAUUUUACUGGAACACUGAUAACAAAAAUUUCAAAUGUGGCGACUUUUUUAAAAGCGAUUGAUUAUUUUGAUGACUAACAUUUUCCAACAGAGUUUUUCUCUAGACCGCAUUUCAUAGAAAAAAAUUAGUUAGUAGUGUUCUAAAUAAUGGAAGAUAACUAAAACUAUUAUUUGAAAACUGUUAUUCUUGUAUCAAUGGGAUGGGAAAAAAUAUGAAAGGCGAAUAGAAAUAAAAGACGAACUAUGAAUUAUAGUUUUAACAGUAAUGGAAGAAACUAUUGUACCGGGUAGUUAAUAAACUCUGACUUCCUCUAAAAUGCUAGUACCGGUAUCCUUGAUCCCUUCCAUUAUACUUAAUGAAAUAAUUGAUUCCAAAAAAAACAUCAUAAUUGAAAAUUUUGUUUUAUGUGUAGUAGAAAGGUUUGUAUUAAAUGACAAGUAGGAUCAAAUUAAAUAUUUUAACAUAAACGGAGCAAAAUAGAUCCUUAAUUUCAUGAAGCUGAAUCAUUUGCACUCAGUUAAAAGCACUGACCAUUGAUGAAUAUUUCUGAGUACUGUUUUAAGGCUGUAUGCACAAGUAACAAUCCUUUGUUGUAAAUUGCCAUUCAUGGAAAUGGACACAUAGUUUUUAUUUUAAUGUACGUUAGAUCUAGUAGAAAAUCUAUCACAAAAACUUUUUUUUUUUACAUGAUUCUAAUGUAUUAAAAAGUAAAAUAACUUAUCGAUUUGCGGCUGGGGAUAUUUUUAAAUAAGUUACAGUUUGUAGUUCUGUGUGAAAAAGAUGUCCACUGCAUAGUUAGAGGGUCACUAUAUAGUUAGAUGGCCAUGACAUAGUGAGAUGUCCACUGCUUAGAUGGCCAUGACAUAGUUAGAUGGCCACUGCAUAGUUCAUAAAGAUAUAAUUUUGAGCUAAUAAUAACUUUUUAAAAAUCUCUAACCUUGCAGGACAAAGACGGCAUCUGGAAAGGAAAACACAUGCCAGGCAUGAUGGGUAACAGAUUCAGUACGCUAUUUGGUGUGAAGGUAAAUUUACUAACUUAAGUAUGUCAAAAAAGUUCAUUAUGUGUUUUAUUACAGUUAAUGGAUGUUAAUUGCUGUAAAAUAAGGGUCCACAUUGCCUUAUGGUCCUUUUAAAUUAAUCAGUUAAUGAUGGUUUAUUCAUCUCUCCAACUGCUUCCUUCACCUUGUAAGGUGUAUUACAACCACAGAGAAACAUUUUUCUGACUUCAUUUUAUUAAAUAAAUCUCAUACAUUUUACACCAGCAGGAAAACUUUUAAACAAAAAUAUUUGUCCACCAUUUUAGAUUUUAAAUAUUUUAACAAAACUGUUUCAGAUUUGGAGAAUCAACACAAAAUACAACAUCUUGUAUGUGAGAGGCCGGUCGAUAGCUGGUGCUCCUCACACGUUUGUCCGUGUAUCAGAUACAGUUCUACCUACAAAAAGAAUCAAGGCCGAAAAUGCUGAAAAUGUGCCCAUGCCGACUUGGUUCCCAGAAGAUGAGACGGAGCCGAUCCCCGAGGAAUUAUUUGACGAGGAGAUGUUUCAGUUUACCAGUCCAUCGGUAGAGUUGGAGGCUGAGUCCUAGCGGUUUUAUUAGGCUUGGUAUUUUGUUGCUGCUUGAAGGACCUGUUCUUUGAUUGACAGUUAUGUCCCCUUGUUCUUCUAGCUGGCUGAUACUACUAAUAGUAAUAGUUUUCCUGAAUAAUUGUCACAUUGUAUAAUUUUGGAAAAAAUUUUAUUUUAUAUAUAUAUAUAUAUAUAUAUUACAGAGCAUUUAAUUCAUAGACAACUUAAAUUUGUGCCUAAGUUUCAAUUCCAGGUGUAUUCCACUCAAUAAAAAUGUGCUGUUCGGACAAAAUAUUAGUUGAAUUGAUUCAAAACCAUUUGCUCUAUAUGUAACAGUGUAUAAAUGGUUUUGGACCAAUUAAACUACCCGUAAUAUUUUGUUAAAAAAAUCAUGUUUCAAAACUUUAUUGUGUAGGCUGAUGUUGGACAAAUGACCGCUGUCAAUCUCAUGAAACGGUUGACUGCAUGCAGCAAAUUGGUUUGUGGACAAUUAUUUCUCCAAUUUGUGAACGUUUUUGUUUAAUGUAGCUCUGAGGAGAGUAGGUGAAGAGUGACCUGAUGAUGCUGGGUGAAUGACCAAUUUGACCGUGUUUAUGAAACUGUUUCUGCUGAAUGAGGUUUAUUACAUGGCUUAUGAUAUAAAAAUUAUUUUUUUUAAAAAUGAUUUUCCUUUUAACAAAUCUUUUUUUUUGUUGUAUAUUUGUACGCUUGUGCCGCACUG